AUGUCUCAUGACUGGCCGGCAGGAAUUACUGACUUUGGAGAUUGUAAUUGGUUAUUGAAAAGAAAACCUUAUUUUGCUGAAGAUAUUCAAUUUAAUAGACUUGGAAAUCCGGCAACAAUGAAUCUUCUUCAUGAAUUAAAACCUUUGCAUUGGUUUGCAGCCCAUUUACAUGUUCGUUUUACUGCUGUUGUACAUCAUAAUAAAGAUGAUGAAGAGAAAGGAACUCAAACAGAUGAAAUAAAAUCUUCGAUAAAUUCUUCUCGAGUUACAAACUUUUUGGCAUUGGACAAACCUAUGGGCAAUGAUAAUCGACGUAGAUUUUUGGAAUAUAUUGAUAUACCUAUUUCUGAAGAUUCUUCUAUGGAAUUGUGUUAUGAUCCUAUAUGGCUUGCUAUACUUCGAACAACAGAUCAUUUAACAAAAUUUACGGACCGUUUUAUUAAUUUACCUCUUGAAACACCAUCAAAAAAUGUUGAGGAAAUAACAGAACGUUUCGACUUUCGCCCAACAAAAGAAGAAUUAGAAACUGUCAAUACUUUAUUUUCUUCUGAUUUUCAUAUUCCUUUAAGUUUUCAACGUACAGCACCGCCAGAAAUUGAACCUUUGAUAGGCAAAGGAAAACCUAAUCGACAACCUAGUUUAUAUUAUCGAAAUCCUCAAAGUCAACAAUUUUGUGAAAAACUUGGAAUUCAAGAUUUAAAUCUUCAAUUUGCUCAAGCUUCAGUAAAUUACCUUGGAAUUCCUUAUUUUCUUUCCAAAAAUACACAAUCAUCGAUUAGUGAGGAAAUCAGUACAAAAACAACCAAUGAAUCAACGAACAAUGGAAAGAAUCCAGAAGAAAUUGAUUUGGAAGAAGAUGAGUUUGGUCAAAAUGAUUUUAUUGUUGAUGUUAAAGGUUCUUUAAAGAAUUCAGAGAAUGAUGAAAAAUAA